AUAAUUUGCCUGCAGAAGCCCUCACCCAUGUACAAAAGGGGAAAAAAUGCAAUUUUGUUUUUAAGGGUAAAAAACUAGAAAAGCCAAAGUCUUCAUAAGUAGGGGAAUAAAUAUGUAAAAUGUGGACUAGCACAUAGCAGUCAGAUAGAGACAAUAGAUGAUAUACAGAUAGUUAGACAGAUAAAUCUAUCACAAGAAGCAGUUAAAGGAAAUAAACUACAUUGGUCUAUCUGUGUAUCAAUAUGGAACAACUCAAAAACAUGUUGAGCAAGAAAAAAGCAUAACACAGAAUAUAUGUUUAGCCUACAAUUUAAAUGAAUUUUUAAAAACACUAAGUAAAUGUGUAAAACUCACAAUGUAUGUAGUUUACCUCUGUGGGGGGUAAGGUUGGGAGAUGGGAGUGGGAGGUCGGUAAUAUUUUAUCUUAAAAACAACUACAAAACAAAAAAAAAAACAAGAAAAGGAACAAAGGGACGAUAGGUAAGAUAAAAUGUUAAAAGUUUUAAAUCUGGAUAAUAGGAGUAUAGGUGUUUGUUGUUUUAUUCUUUGUGUUUUACUGCAGUUCUAGAAAUGGUAAAAAAAAAAAAAAAAGGUAAAAUACAAAUAUCCAGCAAGUUUCUCCAGAUUGAUCCUUCUACUUUCUUUAUAAAGUCAAGUAAAUUCUAAACAAUUAGCCUUGACAUUAUUAGUAAAUACACCCUUAAAACACAAAAUUUUGUAUUAAAGCCUUUAAAACAUUAGGAAACCCUGGUCAUGGCUUCAGAUUUCAUUUCUCAGAUGCAAUAGAAGAGAACCCUUGUCAAAGAGAAUGCAAGGAAGUCUGACUCCUGCGACAAGGUGACUUGUUGGGCACACCCAUUUGUCCAUCCCCAGCCCUCAUUCUUCCAAAUUCCUAUUAGCAUAUUCUGUUGAGGAAGCAGCAUGGCUUGCUUCAAGACAUACUCAUUUUCCCUGUGCCUAUUUGCUCUUUGUGAAAAAGAAUACUUUCUGGAGGCGGGGCUUGUUGACUCUUUAAAAACCAGAGUCUCCACGCUUACCUGAUCACUUCAGUUCCGGCAUCCUGCCUAGCAAAGAAGCAGUUAGUCAAAAUGAUACCUGGAGGCUUAAGUGAAGCCAAACCUGCCACUCCAGAAAUCCAAGAGAUUGCUAACGAGGUUAAACCUCAGCUUGAAGAAAAAACAAAUGAGACUUACCAAAAAUUUGAAGCUAUAGAGUACAAAACUCAAGUGGUUGCUGGAAUAAAUUACUACAUUAAGGUGAAAGUAGGUGAUAAUAGAUAUAUUCACAUUAAAGUAUUCAAAGGUCUUCCAGUACAAGAUUCAUCUUUGACACUUACUGGUUACCAGACUGGCAAAAGCGAGGACGAUGAGCUGACAGGCUUUUAGCAGAGCAUGUUCCAAAAG